AUGGUGUCAUCGAAAUCAUUGCUAAAAGAAUUACACCUGCUAUGUAAUUCACUAGAUGAUAAUAAUGAUAAUGAUAAACAACAACCGAUUCAAUAUGAUUCAUUAAAUCGUACGAUUAAAGAAUAUUUAGAACAACAUAAUACUUUAAACUCAAUACGACAAUCUUCUACAAAUAUAAGUGAUGAAUUAUCUCGAAUACAUAACAAAUACUUUAUAACUACAAAUAAAGAAUGCCUAUUCUUAGAUAUAUUAACUCAACUACUACCAGUAUUUAAUUUACACGAUGUUCAAAGUUGGUUACAAUCUUAUGUGCUAAAACCAGCUAUUGAUAGUGGUUAUGAUUUGGUAUUUGUUGACAAAGCAAGAAACUUUAUCCAUCAGGUAUGCUUACCAAAUGUUGAUCAUAAUGACGAUAACCUCAAGAGAUUAAGAUAUGAAAUUGCCGAAUCAAUUAUUGAAGACAUUUAUAAUAUUUAUAUUGAUGAUGAAUUAAAAUAUGAUAGAUUACAAUUAGAUGUAUCACCAGAAGAAAUGAAUACACAAUCUUAUUAUGAACGCUUAAGAUUCAUAAAGACAAAUUGUCAAUCCAUACUUCAAGAAUAUGGAAUCAAUUCAACAAAAUCAUAUUUCAAUCUAUUGAAUAAAUAUUUAGUAAAUCCAAAGACAAGAUUAGAAUCAUUAAUAUUACUUUCAUCCUUAGUUUCAACUCAACCAACCAACCUUAUUCAAAUAACAGAAACUGAUCUAUUUACGAAUUUAUUACGAUGCAUCUUAUUUGACUUUAAUGAAAUCAUUGUUCAUACUUCCAUAACUAUAUUAUCCAUGCUACUACCACAAAUAUGCAACCGCAUUACUAAAUAUCUUCCCGACUUAUUAAUGAUUUAUUUACGCGUACAUGAUUGGGGGGAUUUUUCAAAAUUAAUUCCUGAUAGAUUUGACAAACUUCGAAACUUCUUAACUCAAAGUACUAAUUCCAACACCUCCAAUUCCAACAUCUCCGCAAGCCAUAAUUGGGAAAUUGCAAACUUCGAUGACGAUCCAGUCUUAAAAGACCUUUCCUUCGAUUAUCCAUAUUUUUAUACCCUUUUAUAUGGCCUUUUCGUAUUCAAUUUCCGAAAAUUUAGUCAAGAUCCAUUUGAAUAUUUCAAAACUCAUAAAUUAAACCUAAUAGAUUUUUCAUAUAUUCAACAAUUAGAAUCCACAAUGUUGGAAAAAUCAGGACAAUCGUUAGAUUCAACCGUUCAAAAAAAGACUAUUCUGUUAUUAGAAAGUUUUUUAGUUCAUCCUAAAUUACUCAAAUAUGAUAUAUUCGACCUAGAUCAAGAACUCAUGAAUCCGACUUCUUGGAUCGAGCAUGAAGAGGCAGAUGAGAAUUGUGAUGGGCCACUCAAGAGUGAAGAAAUCGCAAUUGCGUGUCUUUGUUUAAAUCCGGAUAUAAUGAUCAAUUUGGGUGAUAAUUGGGGUAUACAGUCGAAAUUACUCGAGAGAUUACAUGGGACAUUAUCACCAGAAGCUAAUUCUACUAUGAUUUCUAGGACUUCGUCAUUAGCUGGGCCCUUAUAUAAUCAAGCUGUAAGUAGUGGGCUACUUCUGAAAACAGUGUUGAAUUUUUAUAGAAAGAUGUCGAUCAUACCCACUGAUCUAGAGAUUCUGCACAAUAACAUAAAGGACCAAAAUGAAGAUGAAGGGAAUGAUGUCAGGUUUAAAGAAGUGAAAUUUGAAGUUGCAGAAGAGGACGAAAAAGAAGAUGGCACUACAACUGAAGAUAUUUCAACCAAAGAACACACGCAAGCAUCGAUAUCACCAGGUGGAGACGGCGGAUAUCUAUCCAAAAAAGCUAAUAACGAUUCCGGGUUUUUCCAAGACCUCCUAGCCACCCAUGAAAAACUACAUGGCCCCACCUCGCAGAUGGCUCCAUUAAGUAAAUCAGGCAGUAGUUCCGGAUUUGACGAUAGACGAAAAUCAUCAUCCAGUAACAGUAUCAUAAAUGAUAAAUUAAAGCACGAACUCCGCUUAUCACGACCAAUAUCAUCCCCUACUACAAAUAUCGAAACUUCAACAGUCACAAGCAUCGGGUCUCCCGAUACAUUAACACUCUCUACCUCAAGAAACAAUGAAAAGAUAAUCAUACCCUCCGGUAAUGGAAGUGCGAUUGAUUAUUAUCAGAGAGAAUUAUUGUUGUUUAAGAAUGAGCUUGAGUUUAGUAGUUAUCUUAAACAUUUGAAUAAAUUUCAAUAUGUUAAAUUACGAUUACGUUUGAAUAAAUUAAAACAGGAUGUGAGUUCCCGUAAUACCACAACCCAAGAUCAUGAAAUCGGGUAUACUUCAUUAGAGGAAGCAUAUGGGACUAUGAAUGGGGUGUUGGAGGGAGUGAGGGAGGAAUUGGCUGUUAUGAAGGUUGAACACCAGGGACAGAUUGAUCUUUUGAAUAAGCGGUUAGAACAAGUUUUAGCGGAGAAACAAGAGUUGAUGAGGAAGUAUGAAGAAGAUGUGGGCGAGAGGAAGGGGAUGAGUGAGAAGUACAGACGGUUGAUUGAGGUGGUUGUGCCGGAAAAGAAUUGUGAGAUUGAGAAUUUGAGGGUGAGGAUUAGAUAUUUGGAGGAUAAUAUAAAGGAAUUGAAUCAAAAAUUGGUUUCAACUGAUAUGAAUUCAGGAAAGAUGACGAAGGAAGUGAGCACGAGCAAUUUGACUGAUCAAGAUGAGGUUAUAUUUAAUUUAAAGACUGAAAUGUUGGCAAUGAAAGAAAAAUAUCAUAAAGUAUCUCAAGAAUUACAGAAAUCAAACCACUUAUACGAAGCAAUGAUCAAGAAAUAUGAAAACAAAUUAGCAUCAUCGAAACUUCAUCUUAAUGAAAAUCUAGAUUCAUUCACAUAUCAAUAUGAUAAAAAAAUCCAGAACCUAUCAACCACCAUCCUAAAAUACGAAAACCUUCUCGAGGAGAAGAAUGCCAAAAUCCUUCAGCUCUCAUCCUCAAAACCAAUCUCCAUCCCCAAUCCAAUCAACAACACCCCUAAACUCUCAUACAGAAUGGAUGACGCCUUUGAUCAUAUCACCAAUCGAUCACAUUCUAAUUCUUCCGAAUCCACAUCCCCCCCAUCGGGUCAUCCUCAUGGAAUGUUCCCCCCAGCACCAAUUGUUAAUUAUCAACACUAUCAACCGCAAGUGUUUAGAAGUAGUGGAAGUAGUGGUGGUGUGCCUAUUAUUAAUCCACAAUCAUUGGCUGCGACCGCUGCUACUGCGAAUGCUAAUGCUAAUGCUAACGCUAAUGCUGUUCCUAUUAUGAGAGGAAGAGGUGGAUAUCAAAAGAGAUCUAAGAAACAUAUGUAG